AUGGCCACUCCGCCGCAAAGCACUCAACGCCCUCCAGAUUCCUCACCAGUUCCAAUUGAAGACGACGACAGCGAGCUCACUGGGUCGGCACUCCAAAUGUACUCCGGCUCAGCGUCUCUUCCGGAUACCCCCAUCGCGCCACUUGCGGAUGUUGAGAGCAAGCCCCCGGGCCUGGCACUGCAAUUGGAUUCCCCAGGCUCGGCACCACUCCCAUUCACUAUCACUAUCCUCAUGCCCAUUGGAGAUGUCGAGAGCAAGCUUCUCGAUCCCGUUCCUUUCGUUUCAUCUGCAACGCCAAUCGAAGAUGCUGCUCACCAGAUUGUCACAUCUCCAUCUGGAAAAAGUGUCCAGCCAAACAAGCACGCGAAUCGUUGGGUCGAAAGAGUCAACGCACCCAUCUUGUCGGCUCGGAAGACCCUGAUGAUGACUACAAUCCUGGUUCCAGUGAUGAGUCUGAUGAUUCUGAUGAUUCUGAUCUCAGCGACGCUCCGGGAUUGGAUGAUGGAUCUGAGGCGAUGCUCACUUGUCUCUACCAUCAGCCCCUUUCACGCCAAAUGCGGUUCACGAGACCACACUCCCGGGUCCAGCAUUGCAAUUUUUCCAGUCACCCCCACUGGAGAUGAGGGCAAGCUCCCUAGUCCCACGCUGCAGGCACCGCUUCUCGUUUCAUAUAUUACGCCCACUCACGGUGCUGGCCAUCAGACUGGCAUUACAUCGUCUGGAAAACGUGUAGCAGGACAUGGGGUCCAAAAGUUCGUCGAGCGGGUUCAACAGGCCUCACAUCCCGUGUCCAAAAUUGAUCCAUUUGCCUUUGUGCAAGAUGUCGACAGGCCGAGUUGGCACGCGCAUCGCGACGAUAUAGAUGCGCUCUGGAAUCAGUAUCUUCAGGACAUCAAGCCCUUUGCUGGCGACGACUACGAUCUCACAACUCUGGCGAACCCCUCUGGCGCAAUAGGAGCGGUCCUCCACAUCUAA